AAGUCACGUGAUCUGACGAGGCUCGUAGUGCUGAUAAAGGUGCUGUGACCAGCGCUGUCAUAGACACAGCAGAGCAGCAUAUCGCUGUUGGGAGAAGGCGCUUGAAGCCGUGCAGUAUUGUUAGAGUAAAUCUCUCCGGAUAAAUUAUUUCUUUCCAACUUCAGCUACAGUGUUAGCUAAGUUUGGAAGGGGAAACGGAGAAAGCAAGUUUUGAUCGCAAAAAAAUAUUAACCAGGGAUUACUAGGCAAGCACGGAGCAACAUCAUCUACCCAGCUGGUCAAAACAAGAGAAUUAGGCUAACGUUACAAUGGAAAACACUGGAUCGAAGAAACGUUGUUGUGGAUCUGUUCUCGAUUUCUUUACGUCUGCAAAGUUCCUUAUUUACCUCGGGCACGCUUUGUCAACAUGGGGAGAUCGCAUGUGGAAUUUCGCCGUUGCCAUUUUCUUGGUGGAACUUUACGGCAACAGUUUACUUCUGACUGCUGUGUAUGGGCUGGUAGUCGCGGGAUCGGUACUGUUGCUUGGCGCCAUCAUUGGCGACUGGGUGGACAAAAACCCACGACUCAAAGUGGCUCAGACCUCCCUGGUUAUCCAGAAUUCAGCUGUCAUACUGUGUGGCAUUCUCCUUAUGGUGGUUUUCCAGUUCAAAGAACAGCUCACUGAACUCUACAAUGGAUGGCUGUUGACAACCUGCUACAUCAUGGUCAUCAGCAUUGCCAACAUUGCCAACCUUGCCAGCACAGCCACCUCUAUUGCCAUCCAGAGAGAUUGGGUCGUGGUCGUGGCCGGCGAGGACCGCAACAAACUGGCAGAUAUGAACGCCACCGUGAGGAUCAUCGACCAGCUGACCAACAUCCUAGCUCCCAUGCUGGUCGGGCAAAUCAUGGCAUUCGGCUCUCAUUUCAUUGGCUGCGGCUUCAUCUCUGGCUGGAACUUGUGCUCCAUGUGUCUGGAGUACUGCCUGUUGUGGAAGGUGUACCAGAAGACACCUGCUCUGGCCAUCAAGAGCGGGCAGAAAGAGACCGAUCAGGAGAUGAAACAGCUGAACAGCCAGAAAGAAAUGGAGAACGGACUGAGCCCAGCUGAAGGUUCUCAGCUGAUGAAGGAGGCAGCUGUAGUGAAGACCGAGACGGAGAAACCAGCCGGUUGCUGCUACCAGAUGGCUGAACCUUUGCGCACCUUCCGAGAUGGAUGGGUGGCCUACUAUAAUCAGUCCAUCUUCUUCGCUGGCAUGGCUCUGGCCUUCCUUUACAUGACUGUGCUGGGCUUCGACUGCAUCACCACUGGCUAUGCCUACACCCAGGGCCUGAACGGCUCCAUCCUGAGCCUCCUCAUGGGUGCCUCCGCCAUCACCGGGAUCUUCGGGACAGUGGCCUUUACCUGGAUCCGGAAAAAGUGUGGGCUGAUCCGCACUGGCUUCCUGUCGGGAAUGGUGCAGCUCUCGUGCCUCAUGCUGUGCGUCGUCUCCGUCUUCACACCCGGCAGCCCCUUUGACCUGACCGUCUCGCCGUUCAAGGACAUCCUCAGCCACCUGUUUGGGGACAGCGGUUCCCUCCCAGAAGGUCCCAUGCCCAGCAUCCCCCCUAUAGACAACUUGUCCAACAGCUCCACGAUGGUGUUCGAGGAGUCACCCCAAGUCGAGUCUUACUUGUCUGUCAGUCUCCUCUUUGCAGGAGUCAUUGCUGCUAGAGUUGGUUUAUGGUCAUUCGACUUGACCGUUACCCAACUCAUCCAAGAGAAUGUGAUCGAGUCCGAGCGAGGAGUCAUCAACGGCGUCCAGAACUCCAUGAACUAUCUCCUGGACCUCGUGCACUUCAUCAUGGUCAUCCUGGCGCCCAACCCGGAGGCCUUCGGCCUACUGGUCAUCAUCUCCGUCUCCUUUGUCGCCAUGGGGCACAUGAUGUACUUCAGGUUUGCCUACAAAAGCCUUGGGAGUCGCCUCCUCCUCUGCUGCUCCCCUGAGCAGAAGGAGGAAGCCAACAGUCCCUCACUUCCCACAGUCGUGUAACUGAUUAAAGAGACCCUAUCCCUAGCCAGAGUGUUAUCUGCUUUGCACAUAUACCGCGUGCCCCCAGCCUAUGGGGACCAAUUCCAGUCUUUAGCUAACAUACUUGCUUCUUUAGCAGUUGCUGAUGCCUAUGUAUAUCUAUGCGUAUUUUAACCCCUGGAGCAUUGCCCUGACUAUAGCAGAUAGCAGUGGCGGUAGGUAUCAAUAGUCAUUAGCGGAGAUAGCAGAGCAGAGAACGGUCAGAGGCCCUGGACAAGAGCUGCGCUGGGUCGGUCUGAUGAGCAACUGGAAGGGUAGCCUUGAACUGAAGAUGACCAGCUGCACUCUCCUCUCCUUUCAGCCAAGCCUGUGCUGUUGUGUAACCCGGAGGAAAAAAAAAGAAGAAGAAAUAUCUAAGAUUGAGGGAGAAGGCGACUAGGCCUAGUAGUGCAGUGCUAAAUUGUAGUGCUCUCAUGUAUUUUGGCGGGUUGUAAAAGAUCCUAAUCCACACGUCAUCUGAGCUCCAGAUCAGUACAGGGAAUUUUCAUUUUUGGGUGCUAUUAGCUGUGUAGCUAUGGGUGUUAUUUCCUGUGUUCAGUUACUAUAGCAUGUUAAGCUAUAUAUACUAUCUACACUUGAAUUUAUUUUUCCCCAUGUUGCUUGAGGUCAGGGAUACAGUCUCUUUAAUCUGUGGUUAUAAGGGUUAUGCAAAACACUCAUUCAGGAAUCCAGGAGGAUGAACUUGUAUGUUUGAGUAUAGUAAGCCUAUAUAUUCCGUCAGUAUUCUACAUCUUUGCCUUGGUGGUGCUUACGUGUUAGCCAUUGCUAUGCAUUCUCUUUAAAGACAUUUUCAUAUUACCAAAGCAAACUUUUAGGUGGAAGUGAGGGAAUAACAUUGCUGUUGUAUGUGAAUACAUUCCAAAUUUUUUUGUGAUGGUGGUGAUCAUGGUGAUGUUUUGUUCAUGUUGGCACAAGUACAUCAAUCAAAUUCCCCAGCGGCUGUAUCAGCAGACAGCUUUUACAGUCUAAGUUAGCAUACCAUCUAUUUGAUUUUAAGUUGAUUUUUUUGUCUAAUUUUCUUCAAAAGGAAAUCAACGCCGUGAUUGUGAUUGUUACACAGGCACUUUAUGCGAUUCCUCAGUGGAUGAAACAGAAACCCCCUCAUGAGGCACAUUUCAGGCAUAUUCUCAAAACAUAUUUGCACAAGGUCUGAGAUACUGCCUUUCUUCUCUCUAUCUCUCUCUCUCUCGGAGUUCAAACCUCCUGAAAUCCUAUUGUUUCCAAAGGUGGUCCUCCACCGCAUACCACCUGACCUAUACCGAUCCAUAAACAGCCUCGUGUUUUACCCACUUCAUCCCCCUAAGGCACACACAUCAGCAAAAAUGAAACUCAGAACCAGAUGCCUGCGUACGGAAUCUGACCCACCCUGUCCUGUAGAUUUUAGGUUAAGUACCUCUUUUCCUCUUCCAUGGUAUACCUCAAACACCCAGCCUUUAACACCAGUGCUUCUGUUCUGGUCUGCCAUGUUGUGGUGCUGACAUCAUUACAUUUACAUUACAUUUAGUCAUUUAGCAGACGCUUUUAUCCAAAGCGACUUACAUAUGUGCGACUUACAAUGUAUACACAUUUUACAUCAUGGACACUGGGAGCCUGCUCUAAUAAACCCGCAGGGGGGGUACCAGUGUGCCUGUAUGGUGUCAGCUAUGGUUGUAUGAACAGGAUGGCUCACACAAAAAUAAUAUGAAGUUAAACUGAAGUAAUGUUGAGGUUGGACUGAGAGUGGGCAGCCUUGCCAUGUGCUCAGCACAAGGAGGUUAUUGUGUGGGGAUCGCAGCAGACGGCUGGAAGAUCAGGUGGGAUGGUCCUCCAGUGGUGAUUUGUUGACUUUUUGUGGGUUUCGUUGAAAUGCAGCUGGUUCGUAAAGUCGGCCUCCCUCCACUUUGAAAAGCAAAUGCCAGAACUGUCAGUGUUGAUGUUGGCAAUUGGUUUGACUUCAAAUGUUGAGUAAGCACAUUUGCAAGAACAGGGCACUGAAUACUUGAGUUCUUUUUUGUGCUGGAGUGGUUUGAGGGCGUAUUCUUUGUAAUAGACGAUUUUUUUUUUCAGACAAACUAACAGUUGGUUAAUCCAUCAAUACUACUUUGUGAACUGUAUUGGUUACUAUUUUUGUACGUCUGUCACUGUCAGAUCAUGCAGUCAUGUUGUUGGUUUUAAAUGUUUGUAACUUUUUGUAUUUUAAAAUGUUUUGUACACUAGUGGUAACUGUUCAUUUUACAAUGAGUAAGGUAGUUUGUAAUUUUCUCACUCUGAUUUUCUUUUCUUUUUGUUUUAAACAAAAAUCACGUGAAUAUACCUGUAAUUCAUCAUGCUGUCGGAACACGGUAGAAUGGAGAAGAAUCGAUUGUAAUGAACAAAAGAGUAAUUUACAGAGCAAAAAGGUCUGUACAUUGAAUAGUUUUUGUAAUCAUUGUUUGAAUUGCUGUGUUCGCCCCAUUUCUCUGAGACACAGGGGGCCAGCACAGCUGCCACCCCAUACGGAGGAAGAAAAUAUGGCCAAAAAUUGACUGCAUGUGCAUUUUGAUAUAUUUAAGAAAACCGAAAAAACUUUCUUGAAAUUGCAUGUUAAUGUGUAAAUGAGAUGAUGAUGAUGACAACAGUUAUAAUAAAACAAACACAAAACAAA